ACACAAUGCAAGAGAUUAACCAGUCCCAUGUGACUGAAUUCAUCCUUCUGGGCUUCUCCUUCAGUCCCAGGACCAUGCCUCUGCUCUUCUCAGCCUUCCUGAUGAUCUAUCUGUUGGUUAUUCUGGGCAACAGCACCAUCACUAUCCUCAUCUGCCUGGAUUCGCGCCUCCACAAACCCAUGUACUUCUUUAUUGGCAUCCUUUCCCUGUUGGAUGUGUGCUACACCACUACAACUGUGCCCCAGAUGUUGGCACAUAUGGCUAGCCAGAAGAAGACCAUCUCUUUUGCCCGCUGUGUGGCCCAAAUGUACAUUUUCUUGGUGCUAGGUGUAACUGAAUCCUGGCUUUUUGCCAUCAUGUCUAUAGACAGGUAUGUGGCCAUUUGCCACCCACUUAGGUACAAGGUCAUCAUGAGCCCACUGUUGUGUGGGGUAAUGGUCAUUUUCUGUGGACUCUGGGGUGUCAUCUCUGCUCUUCUCUACACUGUGUUUGCCAUGCGUCUGCCCUACUGUGGCCCCAACAAGAUCAACCACUUCUUCUGUGAAGUCCCAGCAAUCUUAAAACUGGCUUGUGCAGACACCUCAGUCAAUGACCGAGUAGACUUCAUUCUUGGCUUUAGUGUCAUCCUGGUUCCACUUUUCCUUAUCCUUGUUGUUUAUGUCAACAUCUUAGUUGCCAUCUUGAGGAUCCGUUCAGCCCAGGGGCGGCUGAAGGCCUUCUCCACAUGUGCCUCCCAUAUCACUGUGGUCACCAUGUUCUGUGUCCCAGCCAUGGUCAUGUACAUGAAGCCUGGCUCUGAGGCCACCCCAGAGGAAGACAAAAAGUUGGCCCUGUUCUACAAUGUCAUCUCUGCUUUCCUCAACCCCAUCAUCUAUAGCCUCCGAAAUAAAGAUGUGAAGGGGGCAUUCCUCAAGGUGACAGGCUGGGGCAGAGCCCCAGAAUGAGGCUCAGGGAGGAUAGUGGGGGACAGAGAAACAAGACUCAUGAUGCACACUCAGUGCACCAACACUCAUUCACAUACUCAGUAGCACCAGCACACACCUCCCCUGCUCAGCUCCAAUCUCGACACGAUACUAGUCCUUGGGAGACAGCCUAUGAUUUGGCUGACAGAUGAAUACCAUGAAAUGUCUUUUAGGCACAUUAGUCUUCCAGUACCCUUUUGUUCUAGAAUCUUUGUAGUUAACAAAAGAAGGGACAUUUUUGUCAACCUAGUAGUUAACAAAAGAAGAGCCAUUAAAAUCAUUUAUUGAGGCACAGGGAAUGGGUUUUGGGGUAUGCUCUGUGUCUGAAUCUUGAGAAAGAUUCAUUACCAUCUUAUAAUGAUAUACAUGCUAUUAGGAAUCACCAAUGGCAAAUGUCCAUUGAUGCUUACUGUAUGGCAGGCCAAAUGCUAGGUCCCGUGGAUGCAGGCAUGGAUAACCCAAGUCCCAAUGUAGUGGGUGAGAGAUUAGAACUAAGACAAGGAUGCCUAAGAAACUAAGCAUGCUGCUGGAAGCACACUGAAGGAGUGAUGGUGUGGUUGGCCUGGCUUCACAGAUGAGUCCAUAUUUCUGCUGGGUGUUGGAAUAAUGAGUAUAAAUUUGAGAAAUGCCCUAAAACUGGA